UUUAAUGUUUUCAAAGAAAUUUAUUCAGGCAACCAAAGACAGUCUCGGGGUCCUUGAGUCCUGCAUGACGCGAUCAAGUCUCUCUCGGUCCUCGGUAGGGAAAACGUGGAGGACUUUACAUGAAGAGAUCACUGGGCUACACCAGAAUCCACUGACACACACCGACCUGUCAAGUUGUCAAUAAUGGAGUACAUGCAAGCUCCUGCCACAAGCAGCCAGGGGAAUAUCCUGUGCUGUACCUGUGGUGUCCCCAUUCCUCCCAACCCAGCCAACAUGUGUGUAGCCUGCCUGCGUACGCAGGUGGACAUCUCGGAGGGAAUCCCCAAACAAGUCACGGUGCACUUCUGCAAACAGUGUGAAAGGUAUUUACAGCCUCCAGCCACUUGGGUGCAGUGUGCCCUGGAGUCCAGGGAACUGCUGGCUCUUUGCCUGAAAAAAAUCAAGAGCUCUAUGACCAAAGUGCGACUCAUUGAUGCUGGCUUCCUGUGGACAGAGCCACACUCCAAAAGGAUUAAGAUGAAAGUGACCAUCCAGAAAGAGGUGAUGAAUGGCGCUAUCCUACAGCAGGUGUUUGUGGUCGAGUUUGUCAUUCAGUCCCAGAUGUGUGACGACUGCCACCGUGUGGAAGCCAAGGACUUCUGGAAGGCUGUUGUUCAAGUUAGGCAGAAGACUGCUCAUAAAAAGACAUUCUACUAUCUAGAGCAGCUGAUCCUUAAGCAUAAACUCCACCAGAAUGCCCUCAACAUCAAAGAAAUCCACGAGGGGAUUGACUUCUACUAUGGCUCCAAGCAGCACGCUCAGAAGAUGGUCGACUUCCUCCAGUGCACCGUGCCCUGCAGGUCGAAGGCAUCCCAGCGCCUCAUCUCUCACGAUAUCCAUUCAAACACAUACAACUAUAAGAGCACCUUCUCUGUGGAGAUCGUCCCCAUCUGCAAGGACAAUGUAGUGUGCCUUUCACCACGGCUGGCGCAGAGUCUGGGGAACAUGGGUCAAGUGUGUGUGUGCGUUCGGGUCACCAGCACUAUCCACCUCAUUGAUCCCAACACACUGCAGAUUGCUGAGGUGGAUGGAAACACAUACUGGCGCAACCCCUUCAACAGCCUCUGUAACCCACGGCAAAUGGAGGAGUUCAUCGUUAUGGACACUGACGUCAUCAGAGACCAGAAGCUGGGUGCUGGAGCCGGCAUGAGGUCCAGUAAGCAUACUCUGGCUGAGGUGUGGGUUCAGAAAACUUCAGAGAUGGACACGAGUCAACAGUAUCACUGCCGUACAUUCCUGGGUCACCUGCUCAACAUCGGAGACCUGGUGCUGGGCUUUGACUUUGCCAAUUCUAACGUCAAUGACGAGUACCUGAAUAAGAUGAACCCUCACCACGUUCCUGAUGUGGUGCUGAUCAAGAAGAGCUACGACCGCAGCAGGAGGGUGAAGCGCAGGAACUGGAAACUGCAGGAGAUGGCCAGAGACCGUGAGGGCAUGGACACAGAUGAUGAGAGACAAUACCAGGACUUCCUGGAGGACCUGGAGGAGGAUGAGGCUCUGAGGAAGAAUAUUAACAUCUACAGAGAUGCAGCAAAGAUCCCGGUAGAGAGCGACACCGAUGAUGAUGGAGCGCCACGAAUCUCCCUGAUGGAGAUGAUGGAGGAGCUCAGCCUAACAGAUGCCACAGGAGGAGAAGGUGCUGACAUGAUGACAGACUAAUCUCUCGCCGUCCUGCCCGCGUGACGCCGGCAGCUGAUGUGUCGAGUACAGGCUCGCUGGUGAUGCAGUGGUACAGUUGCACACAGAGCUGGACUGACAGCAGACUGAGGACUGAGCAAUUCAUCCACAAAUAGUAUUUCAUACUGAGAAAGUCCACGGUUCAUCACACUGUGGUGUAUUGACUGGGUUGUUAUGGUGCCACUUAGUAGCAAAUACGUUUCUGCUGAGAAACUGGACUCUGUGGAUUUCUAUUUCCACACCUGCGGCCUAUAAAAUUAAGUUUUCCAGCUGUUUCUAAAGUAUUCUUUUCCCCUUAAUUCAUGUAAACUUUGGACAAGAUGUGGAAAUGCAGUGCUUCUUCUGGAUCACUAUAACAAAAUAAAUAUUCGUCCUGAUA